GUUUAGAUAACAAGGCUCUUUGAAACUUCAUUAAUAUACCUUGAGGACAUAUGUUUCGUUGUCCUUUGAUUGUUUGAAAACUUGCAUCUAUUUUUCCUAAAUGUAAAUCGUUAACCAAUUUACGUGUAGAUUUCGGAAUAUGUUACUAAAAAAUUGUAAUUUUUCCAAUGAAUUCCUUGUAUUCUUGUUCUCAAAAUGUUAGUCAAGAACAAACGCCAAAACUUCAAAAUCCUUCCUAUAGAUGAGUUGUAUUUAAGGGACUUCUUAUCCCGCAAAACGGCAAAAGUGGCACCUUUUUUUUUUUUUUUUGCUUCAAAAAAGUAGAAUCUACUUAUACAUUUUGCCAACAACUUAGACAUUUGGGGAGGUGCCAUGAAUUUAUUAGCAGCACAAAACUUCAAAACCUCCAUCCAAACCCAACCCUCACUUCAAUGUCACCUCCUUCUUUCUUCCCUACCCAUAAUCUUCAAAAUCCACCACGAACCUCAAAACCCCAUAGCUCUCAAAUCCCACAAAACCCAAGCUUCAAACCACAAAAACAUCACUCCCACAAGCCAACAACAACAACAAGAAGAUGAUGACGGGAUCCCAAUUGAACAUGUCAAAACCCUAGUCAAAUUCAAGUCAAGACACAACUACAUCCGAGUUCUAGAAGUUUCUAGAAGAGCUGACCACCCAUUAGCUGGUUCCAGGCUUCUUCUUCUAGAUGCACCUGGUAACAUCCACAGCAUAUCUUUCCUCUUUAAGUCAAUCACAAACGCUUAUUACGAUGUUCUAGCAACUCUUCCACCAAUAUUACCACCUGGGCCAUUAGGAAUACUCGGGUUUGGAGCCGGGUCGGUUGCAAAAUUGAUUCUUGAAAUAUACCCACAAGGUGUCAUCCAUGGCUAUGAACUAGACCCAUCUGUAGUUUCAGUUGGAAGAGAAUAUUUUGGGCUUUCCAAGAUUGAAAAAAAGUACCAAGAUCGUCUUUUUAUUUACAUUAGCAAUGCACUUAAUGCUAGUGUGAAAGAUGGAUAUUCAGGGCUUAUAGUUGAUUUGUUUAGUAAAGGGUGUUUGAUACCUGAACUUCAAGACCCACAAACAUGGGAAAAAUUGAAAGGGAAGUUGAAGAAAGGUGGAAAGAUAAUGGUGAAUGUGGGAGGGAGUUGUGUAGAGCCAGAGGAUAUUAGAAAAGAUGGGAAAUUGAUAAUGGAAGAGACAUUAAAGGCAAUGAAUGAGAUUUUUAAAGGUGAGGUUUAUGUGUUGAAUCUUGGAAAUAGAAAACAGGCAGAUAGUACUGUUGCUAUUGCUGGUGGAUUGCCUGAUUUGGAGAAAUGGAGGAUGGCUGUCCCUAAGCCUUUGAGGUUUUAUGUUGAUAUGUGGAACAAGUAUGGUGGAUGAAGAGUCUAAUUUUUUUCCUUCUACGGAUAUUGUUUUUGUUUGAUUUGUUGUGUGGAAAUCAAAGCAAUUCUUACAUUGGGUCAAUCCUUAUAAAAUCAGGAUAUGUUUUUUCUUAUUUGGAAAUUAUAAAGAGAAAGAGUUAACUCA